GCUUUUGGAAGCGACGUUCACUUGAGUCCCCGUGGGUACACCGCUCAUUUCUCUCUGUCUUACUCUAUAUACCCACUAGUCCACCUCUGAAAGGUACAGACCCCUAAAGAGGAGAAGAAAACGAAGGGAGGGGAAGGGAGAAACAGGAGAGACUGCAGUUGGUGCAUGGCAUGAAGACGCGACUGUUGGGGACCCGGCUGAGCAUGGCACAUUAUGCCAGGAUCUGAACUGAGACGGGGACCGGGUUUGGGCUCUUAGAUAUGGGUGUUAUAAUAAGAAGAAACCCUUGAGUUUGCAGGAGCAAAGGGUUAGGAAUGUGCUUGAUGUCGUUCGGUGUGACGCUUUUGGAUGCGCAAUUCUGGAUGGGAUGAAAUCGCGUAACCGGGGGCCAAAUCUAGGCGCUUAACGUGAGACCACCGAUCUGAGCUCCCCAGAGCUGCGUUAAACCACAUCUUCUGCCCCUCGCAGCCUUGCUGAGGGGACAACCACAGAAAGUUUCGCGAUGGCUCUCGUCAUGGAACCGGUUAGUAAAUGGAGCCCCAGUCAAGUUGUGGACUGGAUGAAAGGUCUGGAUGACUGCUUGCAGCAGUAUAUAAAGAACUUUGAACGGGAGAAGGUAGGAGGUGACCAGCUGCUGAGGAUCACCCAUCAGGAGCUGGAGGAUCUGGGGGUAUCCCGCAUCGGACACCAGGAGCUGAUCCUGGAAGCUGUGGACCUGCUGUGCGCUCUGAACUACGGGCUGGAGACCGAAAACCUGAAAACUCUCUCUCAUAAGCUCAAUGCCUCUGCCAAAAACCUGCAGAACUUCAUCACGGGCCGCAGACGUAGUGGUCAUUACGACGGCCGGACGACCCGCAAGCUGCCCAACGAUUUCCUCACAUCUGUGGUGGACCUCAUCGCUGCUGCUAAGAGCCUUCUGGCCUGGCUGGAUAGGUGUUACUUCUUUUGCAGGUCGCCAUUUGCUGCCGUAACAGAUUAUUCCGUGACCAGGAACAACGUGAUCCAGCUGUGCCUGGAACUCACUACCAUAGUACAGCAGGACUGCACCGUCUAUGAAACUGAAAAUAAGAUCCUCCAUGUGUGUAAGACAUUGUCUGGAGUAUGUGACCACAUCAUCUCACUGUCAUCAGACCCCCUGGUCUCCCAGUCAGCACAUCUGGAGGUGGUUCAACUGGCUAAUAUUAAACCUACGGAGGGUCUGGGAAUGUACAUCAAAUCCACAUAUGAUGGGCUUCACGUUAUCACAGGAACCACAGAGGGGUCUCCAGCAGAUCGCUGUAAGAAGAUCCACGCAGGUGACGAGGUCAUCCAGGUGAACCAUCAGACAGUGGUGGGCUGGCAGUUGAAAAACUUGGUAAGCUCUCUGCGCGGGGACCCUGCCGGUGUGACAUUGACCCUGAAAAAGCGUCCACAGAGCACGCUCACCUCCGCCCCAGCCCUACUAAAGAACAUGAGAUGGAAGCCCCUGGCCCUGCAGCAGCCAGUCGUUCCCAGGAGUCCCACCAGCAGCUCGGCCACGCCCACGAGCACCAUCAGCACACCCUCCAAGCGUGAUAGCUCCGCCCUCCAAGACCUGUAUAUCCCGCCCCCUCCUUCCGAGCCGUACACACCCAGAGAUGAAAAAGGCGGUCUCCUGAGUGAAAGCGGGGUAUCUGUCGCAAAAGGGUCAGAAUCACCAAACUCAUUCCUGGAUCAAGAGUACAGACGGCGAUUUCCUCUCAUGGAAGAAGAAGCUGUCCUGUACUGCUACGAGUACGACCCCAACCACGGACCCACAACGUCCCGCCGAGACAGCACACCCACAUACGGUCGUCUGAGGCCCAUCUCUAUGCCUGUAGAGUAUAACUGGGUUCCUGAUUACGAGGACCCAGCUAGAAUGAAGAGAGAAGGUCGGAGAGAAAACUCUCUGUUGCGGUAUGUAAGUGAUGAGAAGGCCGCUGAUUUGGCUGGGCGCAGCAUGAAGAGAGACACGGGAAAACGCGGCAAGAAGAAGAGCGAAAAGAGCGGGAGCCCCACCCACUACGCCCUCCUCCCCACCCUCCAAAUGGAGGUGCUCCGUCAGGAAUCCAUGAACACGCCUAACCCAGACUCCACCUCUCUUUACCAUACAUUCCAGGGAUCCUCUCUGCUAUCCAAGACCAAGAAAAAGAGUAAAGCAGCCCCACUGUCCUCCAUCAGUAAGAGAAGAAUCUCCUGUAAGGACCUGGGUCGUGGAGACUGUGAGGGCUGGCUGUGGAAGAAGAAGGACGCAAAGAGCUAUUUCUCGCAGAAAUGGAAGAAGUACUGGUUUGUUUUGAAGGACGCCUGCUUGUACUGGUACAUGAACGAAGAGGAUGAGAAGGCCGAAGGGUUUGUCAGCCUCCCUGAGUUUAAGAUCGACAGAGCCAGUGAAUGUCGCAAAAAAUAUGCGUUUAAAGCGUGCCAUCCUAAAAUCAAGAGCUUCUACUUCGCAGCAGACGGCGUGGACGAUAUGAACAGAUGGUUGAGUCGUCUCAACAUGGCGGCUGCCGGCUACGCAGAAAGAGAGCGAAUCCGUCAAGAACAGGCAGACUACUGGAGUGAAAGUGAACACGAAGACAAUGAGACGCCCUCGACGCCCAAGCAAGACAGCCCACCACCCCCUUAUGACACGUACCCACGGCCACCCUCAAACCAGGUGAGUUGUGCCAGUCCUUACCUAGAACCCAAGCACGGCCGCCUUUCAUCCACAGAAACUUCACAGUCUCGCUCCUCUCACGAGGAGUACCGCUCCGAACCGCAAGGUGGAAGCAGCAGUGGAGGAGGUUCCCCAGCUCGGAAGUCCGCCAGCCAGCGGCGCUCAUGGCAGGACCUGAUUGAAACCCCUCUGACCAGCUCAGGCCUCCACUACCUGCAGACCCUGCCCCUAGAGGAUGCUGUGUUCUGCGAGCCAGGGGCAGGUCUUUCUCCAGAAUAUCGCCGCCAAUCCACUCUGCCUGCCCAACGCACACUGAUGCAGGAACAUUACGGUCCCUUCCCAAUGCUUGAAGGGGAGAGGCUCCGAGACCCUGUUAAUGCAGCCGGGAAACCCCGCAGCUUCACUUUGCCUCGGGAUAGUGGCCUGCAUGCCCUCCUCACACCCUCCGCCAGCAUGGCAGAACAGCGGGACCCCAGCCGUAGGGAGCUCAGCCGUUCACACUGCAUCAAUAACGGCGGGGAGCAGGAGUGCCAUGGGCAGGCGGAUUCGCUUGGUGAUUUGUACCGGGCGCUGGAGCGUGCCAGUCUGUCGCCUAUUGGUGAGCACCGCCUUUCCACCCGUCUGGAGUACAAACACCUUUUCAUCCGGCGUUGCAACGAUCCACAGCUAAAUGACAAACUGCAUCAUCUCCGCAUCCUGCAGAGCACGCUAAAGGACAGGGAGGGCGAGGUAGCACUGAUUGACAAGCUGCUGGCCAAUCCUAAGCUCACGUCCUCAGAGUUCCAGGAAUGGAAGAAAGUUUACAUGGAGCUGUUUUCAUCAGAGCCGCAGCGGGACCGUCAGCCAAGCCCCGCCUCCGAGCCCAGCCCUGCCGCCACACCUGAGCCCGCCCCUCGCACGCCCUCCCUCUCACACACACACUCCUACAUUGAGACUCACGUCUGACACACGCACGCUUCGAUCACUCUACACGAAAAUGCCGCCACAUUAUUUGAAGUAGUCGUCACUCACAACCAAUGGACACAGUCUCACUUCCAUGGACCUUAGGCUGGACAUUCAAGCUAAAGUAAGGGUUGAAUUGGUGUUUGUGGACUGUUUGCAUUUUAAUUACGAGGCUGUGAGGAAUAUUUUUGUGCAGAAUUAACAUUUAGGGAUAUAAUAAUGUAUUGAUGCGUGCUUCAAGAUUUAUAAUUUCAGUAAAUAAGUUACAUUAUUUGAUAAUCAUUAUAAAAUUAACCAAGAGGGCAUCUCAGAUUACACUUUAAUUAAAUACUGUCAAGUUUGGCUUUCUUUGUCAUUAUUCAUAUUUGUUUGUAUCCACUGAAGCAAUGCAAGUUAAUAUUUGUUAUUUUCUUGAUCAAUUAUGAAAUAUAGUGUUUAUGUUACGUAUUUCCAGGGACCACAGUAUAUUAGUAUCAUAUCAGUUAUAGCCAUGUUUUUUGUUUUUUUUUAAUUUAUAAGAUUUUUAAUUUUAAUUUAAAUGUAUCAUGCAAUUUUUGAUAUAUCAGCCAAUAUUUGAUAUGUAAUAUUAUAUAUUAUAUUUGAUAUUUAAAUGCAUGCGCUUCUAUUUUUACAUUUGGAUUACCUGUCAUUUAACACUCACUUAAAAUUUGUUUAAAAACUAUUAUUAACUAAUCAUUUAAAAACGAAUCUUAAAAUGAAUAUCCAUUUUUCAUACUGUACAUUAUAAUUUUGUGAUGCCUAAAUUCACUUAGCAUUUUACAGUACACUAUUUAGUGCUUGAUUAUUUUACAUUUAUUUAGAAGAAAUUGAAUGACAAUUUUAAUUUUGGGCAUAAAAAUAAUUAUUGCCACAAUUUUAUGAUUUUUGAUUCUCAAAGUUUCAUUGUAAGGCUGAACAGUCGACACCAAUGUCUCCAGCAUUUCAACCUAUUAAACAUACUGUACUUUUAUGCCUCACAGUCUCGUUUUAAUUGAUGUCAAAUUUGAUACAGCAUCUUCCCUGAUUAAGGUCCAUAAACACAAAUUCUUCUCACUUUUGCUUGUACUUUCACAUCCUGACAGCAAUCGCAGACUUAGUCUACAUGUGCUUUUUAAAUACUUGAAAAACAUUGUUUACGCAGGCACAGAUAGCUGUACAAACAAAGCUCUCUCAAUGGCUCGACUCGCAACCCACAAGCUUCAGAGUAUGCCACUUCUGUACACGGGGUUGCCAUGGUUACCAAUCCUCCAAGCGGCUCAGACAAGGAGAGACAAUGCCGUCACCGAGAACAAACCUGGCCAAACCACCACUAGACAGGAAGCCGAGAUAGAACCAGAGCACUUGAACUUGGAAAUGGAAGCAACGGACUGAACUCUGAGAGGAAAUGCACAUCUGAGACACCGUUUGAACUCUAAACACACUGACUGGCACACUGUACCUAUGUUUGUCUGUCUUUUUGAAGCAAAUCUCUCAGUGGACACACAGACGGUCAUCACACAAGUUGUCUGCCAUGUUUAUAUGCUACUUUAGCAUACUAUAUACUCUAUUGUAUCAUACUAUAUAUUUAUGAUCUGCUGUUAUACAUCGGCUGGCCCCGACUUAUAGCACUUGUACAUUCGUGUGGAUGUUGUGUGCGUGUGCAUGAACAUGGAACACUGAUGUGGUUGUCUCAUCUCACCACAAUCUCCGUAGAGUGUUUGGAUAUACCAAGAAAAGGCCUUUAAAGGAUUAUUCCUGGUUCAAAAUCAGAUCAGUUCUAUUGACCGCAUCUUUGGCUUGGUGCCAGUUUCCACAGUCAGUCAUUUUGGCUCAAGUAAUGCUCUUAAAAUGGACGUCUAUGGGGCAAGGCAAUUUACGGGCAAAAAAUUGCAGUUUGUAUUUGUGUCUCUAAAGUUGUCUAAAUAAUCCUUGUGAGACUUUUCUAGGAGCAGAACUUCUGGUAAUUCCUGAGGGUGGAUUUGUCUCUGUGUAAACAGACCUUUUCUGGUAUACUUGCACAUAUCUUACAAAAGUUUCAGGGUUUAUAGACUUCACACAAUCAGGAGUUAAAAGAUUGGAUAUGGACUUUCAGUUGUAAUUUUUUAAACUAUGUUUUAUUUAUUAUAAGAAAUAUAUUAUUCGAUAUGAUUAUUAUUAUUACUAUUAUGGAUGUACACUACAGUCUACCAUAUUAUUAUUUUUGAUUGUAUCAGUCAAGUACAGACAAAAUUAGAUAUGCAUUUGCAAUGCAAAAUUCAGUGCAUUGAUUGCAAAUUUUAGUGUUUUAUUUGUGAUUUAUUUAGAUUUUUCAUUCAAUUUAUUUACAACAGAAUAUAAUUUUUAUGUUUUAUCAAUUAUUGUCCAUAACAUAGAUAUAAUUAUUGGCUUAUCUGUAUCGGCCACUUUUUAUGUACCAGUGCAACUCCAAUAAUAAUAACGCUUAUUAUUAUGAUUAUCAUGCAUAAUGUUUAAGUCCUGUGGAUCUAUGAGUUUUUGAUGUUGAUCAAUUAAAACAAGGCUGUGAGGCAUACAAUUACAGUAUGUUUAAUAGGUUGAAAACCUUGGUUUUGAGUGUUCAGCCUUAAAAUGAAACUUUGGGAUGAAAUGAGAUCAAAAAUCAUAAAAUUGUGGCUGAUACAAUAAGCCAGUAAUUAUUUUCAUGCCCAAAGUUAAACUUUCAUCCAAUUCUGUCUAAAUAUAUAUAUAUUUUUUUUUUCAAAUGAAACACUAAAAACUGAAUAUUGUACUGUAAAAUGCUACAAGUGAAUUUAGGCAUCGCGGAAUUAUAAUGUACAGUAUCAAAAUGAGUAUUCAUUUUAAAAUUUGUUUUUAGAUGAUUAGUUAAUAAUAGUUUUUAAACAUUAAUUUUAAGUGAGUGUUAGAUGACACUCGCUUACAAUUAUGUUGUAAACAUCAUUUUCUACAUAUAUUGUGGUCCAGUGCCUUGUCCCAAUUAGAAACGAGUCAAAAUAAUUGAAUGUGGUAAUUGACAGAAUGAAAAAUUCUAAAAUUGCAGAGAUAGCACUCAUCUUGUAUUGAACCUGGAAUAUUUCUGUGCCUGUGCCGUGAACACUUCUCGACAGAGCGUAACGCCUUGCCAAACUCAGCCUCUGAUAACGGAUGAGCAUUCAGUGAAGUGUGUGGGCUUUGAUUGGUAGAAAAUUGCACAGGCUCCAUUAUCCAGAAGCAGCAUUAUCUCUGUAACUUGAGUCAAAUUAUGGAAGUUCUCUCUUCACUACGGUUUCCUGAUAUUAUGAGGUGAAAUUAUGUGUCUCUUCGCAAAUGAGAGUUCAUAAUCAAAAACAGAUUUACACGUGAUGUUCCUAGCGCAAAAAUUUGCAUCCUUGAGUGAGCAGGGACGGCACUUACAAGUGAUUGUGUAUCUGUGCACAAGGUGUGCCAUUCAUUUUUAAUGCUUAAUCUCAAAGAAAUUUUUAUGGACUAUUGUGUUCAAUUCAAACAUUUUUGGAGAACUUAAAGGACAUGUUAUGUUUCAGUAUUGUAUACCUCUGUUUGGAUUCAAAUUUUCCGUUUCUACAAGCUGCCAUGCAGCUGUCCUGAACAGUGCUACUAGUUUAGGGACAUUUAUGUCAAGACAACAGUGAGUUUUUAUGACAGCCGUGGUCAUCACGACACAUCGCUGGUCUCAGCCCAGGGACUCGCCACACGGCUCGGCCGAUCAAAGCUGUUGCCCUGAACUCACCCCAGCAUCUGUCAGAAGCAGCAACUCGACUCCUGAAAUUACAUGUAUGUCAAAGUUCGGGAGGUCGUCCAUCUUUAUAAACUCUCAGAGCAAAACAUCUCUUGCUGCAUGGCUUGUAGAUACUCCACAGUCACAUUUGUUUUUUUGUUUUUUUGUUUCUAACCCGAAGCUGCCAAAUGAUUUAAUGUCAGUGUUUCAGCUGUCAGGAAGGCCGUGCAGACCAAGAAGCACGCAGGCGCUCAGCAGACACAAAGAUGCUUUAUGUGAGAUUUUUAAGAACACGCUGAAUGUUCAGAAAAGAGUUUAUUGUACUGUAUGAUAGGAUGUGUAUUAUAUGCUGUACAUUGACAUUUCAGGUAUGACAUAAUGGAGCACAUUUCAUUCUGUAUGUAAUCUACGACAAUAUUAGCUUGAUUUUGACUCAGUGAGUGACUCAGGUGCUGAUGUGUCCAUGGGAAUCAUGGGAAUGCAUUAGCUCUUAGAGAAAGUGAUUACCAGUGGAUUUAGAGCUACUAGAACAGAUGUCUAUUGGUAUUUUACUUCAGUAAUAUAUCAAAGUUAUUCUUAAUUUAGUGAAAACCAUGUUAUGUUUCUUUAGGAGCCCAUUUUUUUAACACAAAGUUGUUGUAAAACAUUCUAGUUCAUCAAUAUCUGUGCUGCUGCCUGUCUUUAUUAUGAGUAGGGCAUGUAAUUUGGGCAGUGCAGUUUCCUAUGUGUUGUGUUUAGAGUACAACCUGGUAAAGUUUACUUUAUUUAUUACAUUAUUUAAAAAGAGACUUGUUGCUUUCUCCAGAUUUCAGUGUGGUUAUACCUAAAGUCAAUAAACUUUUAUGGAUGUAAUCAUGCUUUAUUUUUUGCAUUUGUAUGGAUUUUUUUUUUUUUAUAUGCUUGAUAUUUACACUUAAAUGAGGCUCGAAUUUUGAGGCUGGUGAAUCCUAUAAAUUUUUAUUCUAACCGGAGAAAGCUGUCUGUUAGUAUUCCCAUUCAUCAAUGGCAGUUUCUCAGCUGGCAUUUCCAACCUGGAUGUUGCCAUCUUUGGCUUAAAGGUGAGUGCCUGACCAUAAACAAUGGCCUGAGAGCUCGGUAGCCUGUCGAGCAAUGAGUAAGGGCACGUUUCUCCAAUGGGUGGUUAAAAAUAGAUGCCCAUGUAA